AACACCUUAAAUCGGUUUGAUGGUCUUCAAAUCCUCUUCAUUCUUUUAUCCAUCACCUUACCGUAUACUGAUAUAUAUCUCUUCAUGCUUAUCUUGUGCUGAAUAUAUAUCUUAGUUUGUACGCUAUGCUUGACGCGCUGGCAGUUGUGUUACUAGCCCUCUUCAACUUUGUAUAUUUAAUUGGAGGUCAGGGUUACUAUGUUAACGAUGGCAACUAUAUAGCUCCAAAUCAUGGUAGUAUAAGUUUAGUAGCCACGCCAACCAUGUCGCUUGAUGCUAGAUCAUAAUGGUCUACUCCAAAUGCAUUUCUAGGUAAAUGCACAUUCACAGCUAGUAGCAUUGAGUAUUGUGUCAUAGUCCUAUAUUGUUGCUUUGGUAGAUUACCUACUCAAUUUUCUUCUUGUAAAAUAUAUCAAAUUCCCUGUGCCAUUUUUCUAUCUGUGAAUUGCGAACUAUGGUUUGAAUCAAAUUAAUCAUUGCCAGAACUCCAUUAUCUUUUAGCAACAUGUCAGUAGUAUUUUACAUGGAGUGCCCUCCGAGUCCAUCAACUUUUGAAAAUCGAUCCCAAAACGGCUGUCGAGCCCAAGGCUCCGUUCUCCGCGAAACCUUAACCACAUCUGGUUUCCCCUUUUCCCUUUCCCGUUCGCUUGCCGACCAAACGGUCCCAGUUCUCGGACAGCCUCACAUCAGACAAAGCGCAGCCCUCCCGCCCUUUGCUUUUGUUGAAGAGAGAGUAAUGCUUGUCGAUAGAGGAAUGGGUCAACUUUGUGCGGUCCGAUCAACGGUGAAGAAAACAAGGGAGCAAUCAAAGGACUAAAAAGAGGAGAGAAUAAGCAAUCUGGGAAGUCUUAGGUUUUUUCAAAGUUUUUGUAUAAAUAGAGAGGGAGAAUCGGAGAGAAGGGGACGGACGGAAAAAAAGAGGAGGAGAUCCCAGAGCCUUGGGUGCUGGCGGAAGGAGGAAUUUCUUGAGUGCCUUAUUGCUUGUAAUCUGAUCUUUGAGGGAUGUUGGCACUUGUCUGCGCUCCAUCUACAUGGCCAAAGGGAUUUGGUGGCAUUGUCAAACUGUCUGCUUCUCCUUCCAACAUAUGAACCACUGAUUUCAUUGAUGGUCGGUCUGUUGGGUACCACUGGAUGCACCAAAGUCCAACAAUUGUACUCAAUUCCUUUCGCUAUUCCUAUUGCAAUAUC